GAAAAGCAUUGCGAUCGUAGGAUUGUUGUACUACACCAGACAGUGAAAAGGAAACGGAUCGGUAAUUUGAAUUACAGGUGCAAAAUCAAUGAUCGAAGGAAUGAAAUCUACUUUCAAACACAGUUUCAGUUCCCGAGUCGCAAAAUGCUGUCCCGAAAAAGCAAGUACAUUUUGGAUUUUCUAAAGAUCUUUGGAAAUACGAAUCACUCAAUUUAAAGCUCCUGAUCCUGUGCAGUAGGAGAUCCGAUCGAAAUACUGCUCGAAAAGUCGAUAGCGAAGAUCUAAAUUGUUGGUUUCUGAAGCUCAAAAACUUGCCCCACUCUCCCCGGAUUUGAUUUCGAUUUUAGACUGCCUACAACGGUAGUCGUGUAUCUAUCACAACUCGUCUUAGCACAAAAUUUGAUUUUUCUCACACAUCGCUUUUCCUUCCUUUUACACAAAAAACAGGGACAACAAAAGAACACGGUAGAGACAUACCCCGAAGUAGAUCAUAAUCUACUUCCAACCCUACACUUCAUUACAAGAUGCCGUCUAAACGCCGCAACAACGGACGCAGCAAGCAUGGCCGUGGCCACACCGCCAUCAUGCGCUGCUCGAACUGCUACCGUGCCGUCCCCAAGGAUAAGGCCGUGCGCAAGUUCGUCGUCCGUACCAUCGUUGAUACCUCCUCCGCGCGUGAUUUGAAGGAGCAGUCCGCCAUCGACACCUACCAGCUGCUAUGGAUUGCAAAAAUGUCUGGGUCUGGAAAGUUGCAACUUGUAAUGCUGUCUUUAGAUUCCAAGCAAAUCUGUAUUGCAUGACCACCAACAGAACUCCAGUUUGUGUUUUUAUGCGGAGAGGGCAUUUCUCAUGCAGAGUAGGCAUUGGAAAGCCCUCUAAAUAAAAUCUGUGUUGCUAGAUCAUGCAUUACAGGCAUCAAUCAUCUUGCAAAAUAUGCAUGACUUCGGGGACUCCACUUUUCCAAGGUUCUUGGUUGUGGAUGGUUCCUUGAGGUCUUUGUGGCGUUUUGGUAUCUAUGUUGCAAAAUAUGCAUGACAAGUCUGCACUCUUCCAGACCCAGAUAUUUUUGCAUUUGAUAGCUGCCGCGUCUGUACAUCAAGCAGCAGUACUGCGUGUCCUGCGCCAUCCACGCCCGUAUCGUGCGCGUCCGCUCCGCCGACGCCCGCCGCGUGCGCAAGCGCCCGUCCCGCGACCCGGUCCAGGCCCCGCGUGGUGGAAAGUAAAUCGAUCGGCACUUGUCACUUUUACGAGAACUACGUAAACAACCCAGUGUAAAGAUCAGACUGAGAUUUCAACGAGGUUCAUCUCGCCUUCCGUCGGAGAAAGCAGACAUUGAAGGUAAAGUGCUUGUGUACAGGUUCUUCGGUUUUUGAUUUGAUGCAAAAAAGCUAUAGUUUGCUACGUGUGAUCGUUGGUUCAAAGCUGCAAACUGGGUGUGAAAACAACUAACUUUCAAUCGCACAAACCAAAUACCCACAGGUACAAGCAGAACGCAAGGAUCCUUUGGGACGAACAGUGAAAAAUCAAUUCUGCUGAUGGAAGGAAUAGGAGAACGUAUUGAAUCAGACGUCAUGUUGUAAUGAAGUUAUCCAUGGGGUUUUCUCACUGAAG